AUGUAUUCCAUUGGUAUCCUCUCUGCUGUUUUCUUUGCUGUUUUUACAACAACAAAUGCUGCCACAUGCAAUCCAGUCAUGUGUAUGAUGGCAUGCCAAUUUGGUUUCGAAGUUGAUGCAAAUGGUUGUCCAUAUUGCGCAUGUCGUACAUCACCUAGUACUUGUUAUGAACCAAUUUUUGGUCACAAUUGUGGUAGUAUGGAUCAUCGUGAUUGUCCAAGUUCACAUGAAUGCCAACUCAGUAUGAGUGGAAUGAUGGGUCAAUGUUGUUUGAAACCCACUGGUACUAGCACUGCUCGUCCAUCUACAACCACUGCCCGUCAUAGUACUAGCACUGCUCGUCAUAGUACAAGCACUGGUCGUCACAGUACAAGCACUGCUCAUCACAGUACCAGCACUGCUCGUCAUAGUACAAGCACUGCUCAUCAUAGUACUAGCACUGCGCGUCCCUCUACAAGCACACGUCAAACUUCAACUCAUCGUUUAGUGAGUCGUUCUUUAAGAUCUGCAAAUGAUUCAACAACUCAAGCACCAGGCACCAGUACAUCAGCACAAGGUAGUACUACAUCAGCACAAGGAAGUAGUACAUCAGUGCAAGGCAGUACUGCAUCAGGAUCAACUACACAAAGCUCUGUAACUCAACCUCGAGUUACCAGACCCGGUGCAAACACAGAACGUUGGUUGAAUUUAGUUCAUCCUCAAGUGAUGGGUAGCACUGCUUAA